AUGGCCGAAAAACUGCAAAUGGAAAAGGUCAAGAAAAGGGAGCGUUUGUUUGCUACAUUGGAACGUCAUGCUCAAUUUUUGGAGGAAUAUAAUGAAGAAUCGCAAUGUGGACAGGUUCAGUGUAGAUUGGACAAAUUGGAGAAAAUAUGGGACGAUUUCGAGGAAAUUCAAGAAGAAAUUGCCAAAAAUGAUGAAAACGGUGAAUACGAGGAGGAGGGCAACAGGAUACAUGCUUUAUUUGAAAAUCAAUAUUUUGAAUUACGAGCAGCUUUGCUUCAGAAAAUCAGGCCAUCGAUGCAGCCCGUGUUCGCACUGGAUACUACCAAUGGAAGGAACAUUAAUUCAACGGGUUUUCACACUGGAGUUCGUCUACCCCAAAUUUCGUUACCUAAUUUCGAUGGAGAUUACCGAAAAUGGCUGUCAUUCAAAUCUACAUAUGAAUCUUUGAUCCAUGAAUCGGAGGAGAUCAGCGACGUCCAAAAGUUUCAUUACCUAAAAUCAGCUUUGAAAGGGGAAGCUGCGAAACUAAUUGAAUCGUUGACGAUCACUGGAGGUAACUAUGACAUAGCAUGGUGUACUAUCAACAAGCGAUACUCAAAUGAAUACUUGCUUAAGAAGAGGCAUUUUCAAGCUCUGAUAGAGUAUCCAAAAUUGGAUAAAGAAUCGGCGACAGCAAUUCAUGGACUGGUUGACGAAUUCGAGCAACGGUUGAAAAUUCUCAAACAGCUGGGAGAAAACACAGACUGUUGGGGCGCGAUGAUAGUACAUUGGAUGUGUUCGAAACUUGAUGGGCAAACUUUACAACUUUGGGAGGAUCAUGCUGCAUCCGUUGAUGAACCAACAUUUACGAUUUUGGUAGCCUUUUUGGAAAAACGUACCCGAGUAUUGGAAGCGGUUUCAUCAAAUGCAUCAGAAACAGGCAACAUUCCCAAGAAACCAAAUUCAACUAAAUUAACUGUUCAUACAGCUACUGGAUACAAUCGGGUCGCAACGACCUGCCCAUGUUGUGGAGAAAAUCAUUACAUGGCACGGUGUUCAACUUUUUUGAGAUUGAAUCUAAAAGACAGGCUAGAACUCGUAAAUGGAAAGCGAUUGUGUAGCAAUUGUUUCCGUGUGGGACAUUGGGUGCGUGAGUGUACCUCCAAUUAUCAUUGUAGAUCAUGUGGAAAAAGGCAUCACUCCCUCAUUCAUCCCGGUUUUUCACCCAAUGAUAGUGGUACUCCCAGCAAUGGCAAAGAAGAACAGUUUUCAAAGAAGCUCGAUAUGCCGUCUUCAUCAUCUAACAUUGUGACUAGUGGAUCGGAAGCAGAAGAGCAUCAGACAAUAGAGGAGGAAGCGGUUGCAUCUUACAGUGUUGGUAAAAAGGGGUGCGCAUCCAAUGUGUUCUUAUCUACAGUUGUAAUGGCAGUACAGGAUCAACAUGGCAAUAAGCAAUUAGCUCGAGCCCUUCUGGAUAACGGCUCACAGGCAAACAUAAUGAGUGAACGUUUGUGUCAAAUUUUAAAAUUGAAACCGAGAUUGGUUAAUAUCCCUAUUUGUGGAAUCGGACAAACAGAAUCUAGGGCAAAACAAGCUGUGAGAACCAUCAUCAGUUCCCGAGUGACCGACUUCUCGGUGGGUGUUGACUUUCUGGUUUUACAUCGAGUUACUUCGGAGCUACCUUCAGCUAGCGUUCCAGUUUCUCAAUGGAAGAUUCCCGAUAAUCUACAAAUGGCAGACCCAAGCUUCAAUAGAAGCAGUCGAAUUGAUCUACUGAUUGGAGCAGAGCAUUUUUACCGGUUUCUCUAUGAACGCGAAUUAAAACGUAUUUCCUUGGGUCCGGGCCUACCGGUUUUGAUUGAUACGGUAUUUGGUUGGGUUGUGACUGGAAAACAUUCUGAUACUAACAGACAACCCAUAAAUUGUUUCGUAGCAACAUAA